AUGGCUCCAGGCGCCUGUAAUUCCAGGCUGUUUGCACAUGCACCCUUCCCUUCCGGGACUGGAGGUAGGACAGCGGCAGCGCCUUUUCUGAAGCCACGCGGCUGCGUCCGAAAGAACCAAGUGCCCUACCAAGCUGCACCCGCUGCUCCCGCAGACACCCAGAAGGGUUGCGAGGCGACCCCGUCCAGCCAUCUCAGGUGCGCAUUCCUCGGGAACCAAUCGGCGCUCAGCGAGACGGGGUUAGGGCUUUCUCCUGGGCGGGGCGUCCUUGGGGGGCGGGACUUCCGCCGGGGUGUGGACGGCUGCUGUGUGCUCAGGAGCGUUGUAGACGACCGAGUUCCGCCUCUGAGCGGAGCCUCCAGGGACACUUGUAGGGACAGCUCUUCUGGGAGAGGGCCUGCGGCAUGGAGCCGGUGUCGGAGCAGCGAUGGCCACAAUAGACCCGACGGACCUCAGGGCAAACCUGGGAAGUCGGCAGCUCGCCGCAGGUGCACUCGCAGGUGGCCGAUUCCAAGACUGGAGUCCAGUGACCGCGUUCCUGAGCGAGUAUUCGCACUAUCCUGUAAUUUACAGCCAGUAACUCAAAAGAUGCCUGGUCUCGCAUAUUCAUUAUAGCAGCAGAAACAGACCAAGAGAACACCUCGCCACCCUGUGCUAUACCAAACCCUCAGAAGGCUUGGAGACCACCCACUGGGGCAAGCAGACCUUCGCCCUGAAGCACUGUGCCCAAGAAGCUCAGGAAGUACCCACAGGUGUGGACCCCCAGCCCUAGACAGUGUCAAGGAGAGGUCCCACUAGUGGACAGAGCCAGAAAUCUUGAUGGACUCUACAGCUAGUGGAAAGAGAAUGAUGAGGGAUGGGCUAUUUGCCUUGUCACAAGUGUCUCCAGACAAGUUACUCUAAUUACAAGGAAGGUGACUUUGCUGUGGGAAACCUGGCAGAAAGCUACCUGAACCAAGUGAUCAGUUCAACAGCCUCAGGGAUGGACAAGCAGACAUCAUGUGCCUCCCAAGGCAACACCCUAACCAGAACAGCAGUGCUUGUGUACUGUUCUGCCACAAACCCAUGAGCUGCAUCUCAUCAUGAGAACCAUCAGACAAACCCAAAUAGGGACACUCCUCUGCAGGUGGCAUCUCUUAGUGGCUGCAAGUGGCUACAGUGGCCAGUGUUCCCUUAGCCUGCUCUGGUGCCAGGCCCUGACUGGCCCUUGAGGGAUGGGCAGACAGCCCAGCACCCUGCAGAGGGAGUGACAGCUGCCAGGCAAGUCCCAUGACAAGGCCACAUACAGAAGUGGACUGGGCCAAGGGCAAGGACCCUUUCCUAAUGGAGGCCAGGAGGAGGGGUGAAGAGGCAAGAACCAGUAGCUGAAGGAGUAGAGGUGGGCAGGCAUAGCAGGGAGACAAUGCAGGUAAGACAUUUGGCAGCCUGUGUGCAACUGAGCCCCAAUAUCUGGUUGCCAGGAAGCCCAAGUCAGAGACCUCUGCACUUGGGGCCCUGGCUGUGGGACCCACCUGGAGAGCAGCACCCAGCAUCCCAUACGAUGAAGCUCACUUUUUUAUUUCCCAGUGGGACUGGGGUUUAAACUCAGGGCUUCCCACUUGCAAAGCAGGCACUCUACUGCUUGAGACAUACCUCCAGUCCACUUUGUUCUGGUUAUUUUGGAGA